GCGAGCGGAGGCUUGGGGGUGGGGCUGAGCCUGCCUCAGUCGCUGCGGCCGUAUGGCUGCGUUAAAGGGGCCGUAGCGCCGUUUGCCGCCGCCCCGGACCCGCCGCUGCAGGCCGGUGCCGGCUCCCCGGCGGCGCCAUGGCCUAUCAGGGCUUCGCGCAGGAGUACCUGGGGAUCCCGGCCGUGACGCGGGCCUACACCACCGCCUGCGUCCUCACCACCGCCGCCGUGCAAUUAGAAUUCAUCACCCCUUUCCAGCUGUAUUUCAACCCAGAUCUGAUUUUCAGAAAGUUCCAGAUUUGGAGGCUGAUCACGAACUUCCUCUUUUUUGGGCCCUUGGGAUUCAGUUUCUUUUUCAACAUGAUAUUUUUGUACAGAUAUUGCCGAAUGCUAGAGGAAGGCUCCUUUCGGGGACGGACUGCAGACUUUGUCUUCAUGUUUCUCUUCGGGGGAUUUCUCAUGACACUCUUCGGCCUCUUUGCAAGCCUCUUCUUCCUGGGCCAGGCUUUCACCAUCAUGCUGGUGUACGUGUGGAGCCGCAGGAACCCUUACAUCCGCAUGAACUUCUUCGGGCUUCUUAACUUCCAGGCCCCCUUCCUGCCCUGGGUUCUGAUGGGAUUCUCUCUGCUGCUGGGCAAUUCUAUCAUCAUUGAUUUGUUGGGAAUUGCAGUGGGUCAUAUUUAUUAUUUCCUUGAAGAUGUUUUUCCCAACCAGCCUGGAGGGAAGAAGUUGCUGCUCACUCCAGACUUCCUGACAUAAUUCAACUGCUGAUCACCAUGGAAAUGGGUUGUCUGCAGCAAAGCUGUUGAUCGAGAAUGGCAAACCUUUAGCUAACCCUCCAAUAAGAUAUUAAUCCAAGGCCUCCUGGGAGGAUGCCUCACUUGAAUCUACUUCUGGUAUAUUUGAUGCCCAUUUUAGCCACUCACCAAGAACACAUACCUCAGCCCAGCCUGCGAGCAUUGCUGUGUGUUCCAAGGCCACCUGCUAAAUCUUAGCUGUGUAUUCAACUAGAUGUUUAAACUGCUCUUGUUUUUCUCGCACACUUACCCCUUUGGGGCUGGUUAGAUGAAGUUUCCUGAAAUACAUUUGUGCUACCAAGUGAGAGGAGAAUUUGAGGGCCUGAUUCCGGCUCACACCCGCACAAGUCAACAGACUUCAAUGGGGCUGCAAGACUGGGCCUAAGAGCAUAAUUUCAGCACAAUCUUAAACUGGAUCCCACAUUUCCAUGGACCGGCAGGAGUCAGAGAGAGGAAGGGAAUCUACACUCUUGUGACAACACCUCAACUUCUCAAGGGCACAAUGCUUGCUGCUGCCAGGCUGGAGGAGUGGCAGAGGGGAUACUCCCAGUGUAGGAGGCCCUGUGUAAUGCACCAUCAGCUGCAUAAUUUUUAGUGGAGUGAGAGGAAGUUUUGACCUUCCCCAUGCCCCGGUCCAACCCUCAAGUGACAGGCCAAGGUAACAUUCACAUGUGGCAGGGUCCAUACAGCCAGCUGUGCAGGGUGACACUUUCUACUGGACAAAAGGAUGACCCUAAGGCAUGGAGUGUUUGGUGUCUGGUAAAAUCAGCUCCUUCCGUUAGAUAUUCAGAUGGAAGCUCUUUGGGCCAGGGAGCUUGUUUGUAUAGGGUCACUAUAUACUGAAUAAGUCAAGGGGAAAGGAGAACUUGUUGGGUCCUAUUUCAGCCUCUUAAAAAUAUUUUCAUAUACCUUACUAUAGAAAUAGUUCUAUCUAGUGGCUCUCAGCCCUGUACUGCUAUAUCAUGUUUCUUGGCUCUCUCCUUGUUUUGCACUGACAGUGCUGACCAGCAAAAGCAGAAUCCCACCGAAUUACAUGGUUUCAGCUCUCCCUCAGAUGAUUAAGAUCUGCGUGACUCCUCAGACUCUUGGCAGUCCCUGGAGAUAUUAAGGCUGUUCUUUUGAUACUGCUACAGCAGACCCUUCUCCUACAUCACUGGAAUGUCUCUCUUCAGCAAGCACCACUACUGUGGUUUGGGAAUUCAGGAACUAACCAACCACAGAACCCAAAUAUCAUUAAUCACAAGAAGGUUUCAAAGCCACUCCUCUGCCGGAGGAGAAGCAGAAGGAAGAGGACAUUUGUACUAAGAGAAACAAAACAAGGUUUUAAUUAGUGUUUUUUUAAACAAGAGAUGAUGUCUAAGUAUUGAUGAUUACUUUGUUCUGCUGGGGCCUCCUUUCCCACAUUCCUCUCCUACCAGCAGCCAGCACUUUGAUUUCAUUGUUUGCAAUAAGGUUCCUUUAUCUUUGACAGGAGGUUUGAAGUCUACCUAUUGCAAUCAUCCUCUAUGUGCAAACUCUCCUUAAUAAUCAGGGCCAUGCAGAAGUCCUUGGUAAACUGGCUUUAACAAGCCAGGGUGUGACGUCACGUCUUGGGACCACAGGCUGGUAUUAUAUCAGAGCAUCCGUGGCAAACUAAGCACUGUCUGAGAGAACAGCAUUUGUUUAAGCUAAAAUGACUAGAAGGGAGGUACAUUUUCAUAUCAGGCAAGCAACCUCCUGAGGGAAAAAACCUAACUAUCUACCUGCAAAUAGCCUCCAUCCUAACCAGGUCACCUGUGAUAAAUGGGGAAAACACAGGUAUAUUAGAAAAGCCUUUUGGUAUCUAUGCAGGUUCAUAGGGCCCCUCUGAAGCACUAAGGGACAAGAACUAGGAAGAGUGACCAUCUGGGAAUGCUAGUCUCCACUGGAUAUGGGAUACACUGUAAUGGGGUGGGCAGAAGGCAAUUUAAACUUACUCGUAAGAAAUGAAGCAGUAGCGUUUGGGUUAAUCCAAAAGAGGACUUCUGUCCAACAGUGACGAGAGGGCUCUCCUCUUUACUUCAAGGACUGUCACAAGUAUAAGCCAGGAGGGAGAUACAGAGAAGAAAGCUUGAACUCCCAGCUGUGCUCGCCAGCACAUAUUGCUAAACCAGCAAACGGUCCCCCUACCCUGGUUGCUUUCGAAGAGUUUACUCCCCAGUGUGGCCAGGAUAAAACUAUUCCCAGCACCACUGCAGAGAGCUUGAGACGCACUUCCACCCAGUCUCAGGGACUGCACCUACAGUUAGGAACACACCUGUGACUCUGCGUUGGUGGAGGCUGUAGUGUAGACAUGCCUAGGGCAUUUUUUCCAUUAUGUCAUACAACUCUACUGAGAGGGGGUUAGAAGACAGUGGGAAAGACACUAGAUUCCGGUCCAUAUUUCAGCUUUUCUAGUGUGGACAAGACUAAAAGCACUUUUGGCAAUGGUGCCAAAAAUGGUUUGGUCCCCAGCCACAUCAGCUUUCACUGACAAAGGAAGGUAUAAGUCAUGCCCUGAGAUGCUAACAGAGCGGAAACGCCGGCAGCAGGACAAGCACACAAGCUCUAACAAUGAGACUGUACUCUUGCUUAAAUCCAUAACUACAAACUCCUCUCCAGAGAGGCAGUUUUCCACACUUAAGCAGAGAGGAUUUUAUGUUUACCUUUGGUUUACACUGAGUCUCUUACAAACAUUGCUUUGGCAAUAAUUUUGGAAUUACACUGUUUCUGGGGACCCCACUGGGGUAUAUUCUUGAAGGAAAGCGAACUGAGAAGUGCCAAGGGGCAGAUGAGGAGUAAAAAGCAGCUGGCCUACAGCACUCCGGUGCUCCAUUUCCAAAGGAGGCUGCCACGAUGCUGGUUGUGGACAGUCGUGAAUAUACAAAGACCGUGGAGAAAGGCAGAGCAAAGGACAGAAGGUUACAAUGAUACAGACAUAUGCUCAUGGUGCCAAGAGUACUAACUGGCUGGGGCUCUUCUAAAAUAAUGAAAGCUGACUGCUAACUCCUGACUACAGCAAUUUAUUAAACCACAAUGUGAACUAUAAUAAUCCUA